AUGGUGCAUGAGUUGGUUGAAUGUUGGAGGGGUAGGAAGGAAGGGGAAAAGAAGGAGGAGGUUCAGAUGAAAGAUGCAGUGGUGGAAGAUAAGCAGAAGUCUGCCUUAAAAGAAAAGCAAGCAAGGGAGUUGAAGGGCAAGGAUGAUGUUCCUACUGUUGAGCCAGUGGAGGAUAAAGGGAAAGAGGAGGAUUCUGUGGGGGAAAAGCCUGAUUCCCCUAUAAUUGUGGUGCCUUUGUCAGAGGAGAAGCAUAAUUUUGAAAAUACUUAG